AUGGCUCCUCUCAAAAUUCUCCUCUGUGGUGAUGUACUCGGCCGUCUCAAUCAGCUAUUCAAACGCGUUUCUUCGGUGAACAAGGCAGCUGGUCCAUUUGAUGCUCUUCUUUGCGUAGGCCAAUUUUUUCCUGAUUCGGUUGAGGGGAUUGAGGAAUUCAAUGGCUACAUUGAGGGGCGUUCCAAGAUUCCGAUACCGACCUAUUUCAUUGGUGAUUAUGGUGCAGGGUCCCCAAAAAUAUUGCCAGAAGCAUUGAAGGACCCGAGUAACAAAGGGUUUAAGAUGGAGGGUUUAAGAGUCUGUGACAAUUUGUACUGGUUGAAAGGAAGUGGGAAGUUUAGCCUUCAUGGGUUAUCUGUGGCAUACUUAUCUGGUAGGCGAACUCCAAGUGGAACUCAAUUUGGAACAUAUAGUCAAGAUGAUGUUGAUGCUUUGAGGGCUUUAGCAGAGGAUCCAGGAACAGUAGACAUCUUUCUGACAUAUCCUUUGUGGCCCAGUGGAGUAACAAAUGGAACGACAUCAAAAGCUCUUGUAGAAAUUUCUGAUUCAUCUGGGAGUGAUCCCACAGUGUCAGAGUUGGUAACUGAGAUUAAGCCUCGGUAUCAUGUUGCAGGAACUGUAGGUGUAUACUUUGAUCGUGAACCAUAUGCUAACAUUGAUGCUCUACACGCAACUCGCUUUUUGGGCUUAGCUCCUGUUGGAAACAAAGAUAAACAGGUACUACAGCCGACAUUUGAGUUAAGUUUCCUGCAAGUAUUUGUAAAAGUACCAUCUUAA